GACGAUUGAAAGACGAACAAUUAAGUAAUGUCAGCAGGGGUAAUGGAGGAGAACAUCGCCAGCAUGUUGGCGUUAGACGUCCGAACUGUGUAUACUGAGGACAGCCUGCGAGCGACUUGCAAUACGCCUACUGAGAUACAUACAUCAAAGCCGCGAUCUUCUCUUAUGAGUUGGGCCGCCUCGAUGUGUUAACGUAUGCACUUCUUUUUGUCUCAUUCAUAGCAACAGGCAUGCCACCCAAACAGUACCUGGUACAGCGACUAGCGCUUACAUAAGGAACCGUGCUACGACUGAGGCUAAAGGUCGCUUCUUUGAUCUCAUCCGCAGCACCUACAAGCCCAGCAUGCCACCACAUCGAACAUCAAAUGUGCAAGGACGUCAGAAGGCAUGCACCGAAUGCGUGAAGGCCAAACGAAGAUGCGAUGUUGAACGCCCACGUUGUGCUCGUUGUAGCCAGCACAGCCUUCUAUGCACCUAUCCUCGGCCCCACGACUCAUUGUUGGCAUCGUCGGGCGUUGGGGUGACACAAUCAGUCGCGAUCACUACGGCCAUGACACCUUUACAGGAUGCUGGUGCUACCAUUUCUACUUUCGACCAUGAAGCCCUGGGCUUCCCUGCAGCGCUUAACGAACAUCUCCUUGACUUCGACAUACCAAUCGACGUGAUCCCAGAAAAUCCUCUCGAUCAACCCAGUGACACAUGCCCCGGUGAAGGUCACCAUAUAGCUAUACACGGACUUCUUAGUCCGACAAAGCCGAUGGCCUGGCCGUGGACAAACAUCGCGCCAUCAUCGAGAUCAAGGGUCGAUUAUGCCAUCGAGCAAAUCAAGCUAGCACCCCACAUGAUGGUAGCAAACAACUCGACUUUGUGGUGUCAUGCUAUGUUCUACGACGAGGACAUGCCUAGGUCCAUGCAAGAUGCCCAUGCUGCAUGUGCUCUCUACAUUGCGCGGAACGAUGGUAAUGCGGACUACGGUUUCCGACACAUCUCUAGCCGCGUCGCCGAGCUUGUGGAAACGCCGGUACCAACAACUUCGACUGCUAUCAUAGCACGAGCUCAUGCACUAUUGUUGUAUCAAGCUAUGCUUGUGUUCGGCAAUGAUGUACGAUUCUUCGAUCAUUCCGUGGCUGUACUGCAUGAGCUUGAGCAGGUUGGCUGCUUGCUGCUCAAUAUGAGCGCCCAGCAAACCGAUUCUUUUGACCCGCUGCCUUUGUAUCCUAGCGCGACGGCGCACACGGCGUGGAAGUCGUACAUAUUCCGUGAGACUUUGCGCCGUACUAUCCUCUCGCUGUACCAAUUUGUCACUAUAUGCGGCAUGUUGUUCGGACGGCUGGGUCACUGCGCACCGACACUGUCUCCGGGCAACAGAGUUAUGGUCUCAGCACACCUGUGGGGCGCUGAAACUGCGUUUGAUUUUGCAAAAGCCUGGAACAAAGAAAGACAUUUUCUAGUACAUGAUCUGGAUUUCACGGACCUUCUCGAAAACGGUCGCCCAGAUGAUAUUGACGACUUCGCGAAGACGAUGCUUGUGGGACUACAGGGCAUUGACGAAAUUAGGGGUUGGUUCUACACGAAAGGUGGUACACUCUGAGAACUCAUUCGAUUGCUGAUUCUGAUACUUGUUGAACCUGACUGAAGAAAGUACAGUGAACGACCUAUGGUCAAUAUUGCCCGCCUCUCCAACGAUGAAGUGACGCAAAUACGUGCUGCACAA